AGUCCCUUGCGGGGGGCGGGGCGGGGCCGGCCCCGGCCCACGUCGGGGUGGAGCUGCCACCCCCAGGCGCCGAGGCCAAGGCGACCGCAGGAGGCCGGAGCCCAAGCAGGACGCGGCCCCGUGGCGCAGCGGGACAUGAGGUGGCUGUCAUAAGCUUCGGGGAGUUGCCUGCGACGGAGCCCAGCAGAGGAGGGGGCAAACAUGAAGUCCAACCCUGCCAUCCAAGCGACCAUCGACCUCACCGCCGGGGCGGCAGGGGGCACGGCGUGCGUGCUGACCGGGCAGCCCUUCGACACCAUGAAGGUGAAGAUGCAAACAUUUCCCAACCUGUACCGGGGCCUCACCGACUGCUGCCUGAAGACCUACUCCCAGGUGGGCUUCCGCGGCUUCUACAAGGGGACCGGCCCCGCGCUCAUCGCCAACAUCGCUGAGAACUCGGUGCUCUUCCUCUGCUACGGCUUCUGCCAGCAGGCGGUGCGGAAGGUGGCGGGCCUGGACAAGCAGGCCAAGCUCAGCGACCUGCAGAAUGCCGCCGCCGGCUCCUUCGCCUCUGCGUUCGCCGCGCUGGUGCUCUGCCCCACGGAGCUGGUGAAGUGCCGGCUGCAGACCAUGUUUGAGAUGGAGACGUCGGGGAAGAUCGCCAGCAGCCAGAACACAGUCUGGUCUGUCGUGAAGAGCAUCCUCAGGAAGGACGGCCCCUUGGGCUUCUACCAUGGACUCUCAAGCACUUUACUCCGAGAAGUACCGGGCUAUUUCUUCUUUUUCGGCGGCUAUGAGCUGAGUCGAUCGUUUUUUGCAUCAGGGAGAUCAAAGGAUGAACUAGGCCCCGUCCCUCUGAUGUUGAGCGGUGGAGUGGGUGGCAUCUGCCUCUGGCUCGCUGUUUACCCGGUGGAUUGCAUUAAGUCUAGGAUUCAGGUUCUGUCCAUGUCUGGAAAACAGGCGGGGUUUGUUGGAACCUGCGUCAGCAUCAUGAGAAACGAAGGAGUACUGGCCUUGUACUCCGGACUGAAGCCCACCAUGAUCCGAGCGUUCCCGGCCAACGGGGCGCUGUUCCUGGCCUACGAGUACAGCAGGAAGCUGAUGAUGAGCCAGUUCGAGGCAGACUGAAGCGUCCCGGCGGGCCAGCCCCGAGGCCAGGCCUUCAAGGACUGCAGUUCAUCUCAGGGCCGCCUGGAGUACAAGACCAACGUGCAAUUGUUUUGGUUUCAGAGCAUUCUGUUGUUGUCUUCCGUUCCUCCACCCUCAAUGUUACACUUCACGGAAGGACCUCUGUUUUACAUCCUUUAAUUUCUGCCCGUAACUGUACCGAAAUGGAAAAGUUGCUGCUCUUGUCCGCAGCAGAACCUACAGGGUGAGCCUCUGGCCCUCCGUACCUAACCCGAAAAGAUAAGCACCGCGCUGUCGGCGAUUUCGCACAAUUGGAUGCGCGCACACACACACACACACACACACACACGCAGUUUGGAUGCUCUGUGUCGUGGACGAGGCACAAUUUUGUUUCCCGGUUAAUCUCAGAUCACACAGGAAGCCCCAGAGGUAGCCGCGCUCCGUGAAGAUGCUUACCCGUGAUUACCCCUCCUAGGUGUAGGGUCCCUCUUAACAUCCGCUUACCAUAUGCUCUCUGCCCAGUGGUUCCAGUUUUAAAAAGGGUUCCCGUGGUGCUUCAAAACCAAAUAGCCAGCUAGAUGUCAAAGAGGCGAAGGUAUAUUAUACGUGCAGGCUGACGCGGCUUCCAUGUUUCUGGUUCAAGUUUCAGAGCAGGCAUCCGGGAUUUCCCCGAGACACGCUGCUGUUGAAACCAUGCCGUUCACUUUCUGGGUGGGGCCCCCUUCUCCUCUCUGACACGCUGCUGGCUAUGGCCCGAGCAUCAGGCCUGCGGGAGCCCCGUGGCCUUCACCUGGGCCGGCUUCCUUCUCCCCAAAGAGCUUCUCCUCGGCCCAGCUCUGGGUUAAGGAAGGGCCUGGGGGGAGGGGGCCACGCUGCCCCCUUAGCUUUGUGAAGACCUUGUGGCCAACACCAGCCCUGAGCUUCUGUCUCUGGGUCCUGGCCUGGGUGGGAUUCCAGAGCAUUCCGUCGGGCCCCUUUGGAUCACUCACUUGCUGCCUCCACCAACUGGAAACCCUCCCAGGGAGCCAAGUGCCAAAGCCAAGAGAAGCCCUUGCCCCCUGUCUGGUGGCGGCAGGGUGGCAGUGCGCGUGGGUGGAGUCCUCCCCUCAGAACCAGACCAGACGUAGCGCGUGCGCACCCCCGAGAGUCCCGUCAAGGCUGACCCCCUCUCAAGUCUCUCUUGGGGUCCGUAACUCCUUCAUCGUGCUUCCCACAGUGUGCGGCCUCGAACAUUUGGCGCUGGCCAUCAGCGAAUUGUAGUGAUGACGGGAGAUGUGGUGUGACUUUCUAAGCAACGAGACAAGAACAGUGACUUUGAUUGAGCUACGCCAUAUGUGUGUGCUAACACAAGGAAAAACCCUCGUCCCUCUGGUGCCCACGGGCGUCGGAGCUUGGGGACGACGGGCUGCUCUUCUCUGGCCACCUGAGCGGUUCUCUGUCCAAACAGGCUAGAAAUGAGGCAAAGUGGGAAACGAGACCGGCUUCCAGCAGGAAGCAGAUGGCUCCGGGCCCACGUCCCCCUGCCGGGGGCCUGUCUCAGCGCCGUGGGCAGCAGACCCCCGUGUCCUCCCUUGGAGGGUUGACUACACGUCUCCCACGGAGCCGGCCUGAGCCGGGGAAGGGGAGUGGGGGCGAGGCCAGGGAAGUCAGGGGGGUUAUUCGUCAUUCUGUGUAGCUCACGGUUCAGGAUUUGCGUCUAAUUUGUGCCAUUUCAGAGCUGUACUCCAGACAAAAAUACAGUAACUUGAAACUCUGUGUUUAGAGAAGUUCUGGUGUUCUGUGUCAUUAAAUUAUUUGCCUAA